UUUUUGAAGCAAAAAUAUGGAGGAGAAGAAAGAUUUUUACUACUGCCAAAGGGGAAAUGGAAAUGAUCAGAAUGUGAAUACAGCUUUGUUUACAGCAGGCAUAGUUCUUUUGAUGGUGUGUUUGAAACGAGCUUCACUGUUGUUUCUUGCUGAACAAUGGCGAGCUUGGGUGUUUCUUGUGUUAAACAUUGUGCUUUUGGCCAUUUUUUUCACUUCCAUGAACCCAAAUUCAAGCCAAAUUAGUCAUCAAGAAAGCAAGAAAAAUGAUGAAGAAAUGAAGCAGAAAAGGGGAAAUUGCAAUGAUGUUGAAGCAUGCAACAAAGAGCUGAUGCUAAACUCAAAGAAAAGAAGCAAAACUGAAGCUGAUGAAGAAAAACCAGAAAAUGAUCAACUGCUGGUUGAAGAAGAAAACAUUGAGCCUCCAAAGCUGUCAAAGGAGGAGCUGAAUGAGAGAGUUGAAGCUUUCAUUGCCAUGUUUAGGCAGCAUUUGGCUUUAGAUGCAAGAAAAGGAAGAGAUCACAAGUUUCAUGCAGAGAGAAAACCAGCUGAUAUGAAGAAGCACAUGACCCUUUCAUCUGAUGGAGUAAAUUGUUUAGUUUUGAAAGUUCAAGGGUAA